GGUGGCACUGACUGGCACUGAUGGGUGACACUGAAAGACAGCUCAGAUGGGCACUGAUACGUGGCAUUGAUGUGCACUGGUAGGCACUGAUAUGUGGCAUUGAUGUGGCACUGAUGGGCACUGGUAGGUGGCACUGAUGAGCACUGACAGCUGGCAUUGAUGGACACUGACAGGUGGCACUGCUGGGGCUACACUGAUCAUCAGCGCAUACUGAUCAUCAGUGCCCUGAUGAUCACUGUCAGUGUGACAGCUCGAGAGGAGGGAAAUGGCGAUAACUGGCAUUUCCCUGUUUACAUGUGAUUA